UAGAGGGCAGUAUUGUGUAUAUGAUAUUAUAUUUCAUUCUGCCACGGCUUUAUAAUUGGCCGUGAAGGAUAUAGAACUUGGCUCGCAGCAUAGUCGAUCUCGGUACGCAAACGAGUUGUGUUGUAAUGGAUCUGUCAUACUUUGACUACGUGAAAUAUUUAUCUCGAAACCAACCCGAUCUAAAACCCCUAUCCGAGUUUCUUACAGGUCCUUGCCAACGGUCCGAUGUUGAGGUAGUCGAGUGUCACGUUGCAGGCCUGGAGUUUUGUAGCGAUGGAACCACGCACUACUCUAGGAUGGGCACUGACGAGUUGACCGAUAUAAGUUCAAGAUUUAUAGCGAAAGAUACGUCCUCGAAUGCAGUUGGACUUUGUCUCCUUGUGGAGGAUAUUGGUCCUAGUGUUAUGGACACCCUGGGUGGAAUCCUGGAUGUCGACCCCUAUUUCUUCUGUGGGCAUAUUGAGAGGAGGUUCGUAGAUAUCGAGAAAGAUCCGCCAUCGUCUCUUAUGACGUCUCUUCCGUCUUGCAUCGGCUCUCAGAACUUCGCGAACUUUCACUACCAACGACCAAUCGAUUUAGGAGAACUGGAUGCGUAUCCUAGUAUCCCACACAAUCUCCGCCUUCGCGGCAGUUCUACACGGCCUCGUCGAGCUCUCCCAGAGCUAUUUGGAAGAUAUGUUGGACUUAUUCGAUCAUGCUUCUCUAUAUUUUAUAAGAGACUUAACGGUGAUCGAUGGAUCUGCCUAAUGUUGAUGGACUCUAUAUCAACUGAUGUUAUAGGGUAUCUCUCGACGAAGGAGAACGCACAAGUCACCAGCUUUCGAACACGCCAAGUACCAUAUCGGAAUAGGAGAGGCAGCAUUAACGGGAUGCUAAAAUUCUCGGAAUUCCGCAAAACUCCAGGUGCUAGUGACGUGCGGCCUGUAUCUAUGAUGGACGAAGUCGCAAGGCUACUGCAGAGCUGCUCAGGCGCGUCCACGAGGUCACCUUCAACUUACAACUUAUUCUUCUUAUCGACAGGUCCCAUUAAACUAAUUAUCGACGAGUGGUUGACAUAUUCGCUCAUUAUGAGCCGGUAUAUUAAAGUGUAUGAAUAUUCGGCACAGAGCGUACAGGAUCGCCUAAGAAAUUUCGAAAGUGAGGACGUCGUCGAUCUGUAUCGGUGGCGGCGAAGGAGCCAACACAGCCUGCACAAGCUACAGGUUCUAAAGUGGUUCGUUGAAUCAUCAUUGAACUAUUCUAAGAGGCAUUAUGACAAUUCUCCUCCGGUUGAAGAUGGAGAAGCUCUAACACGGGAUAUCGACUACAUCAUAGCCCAAAUCGAGCAGAAUGGGAACGCGCUUGAAGCGAUGAUACCUAUUAUGGCGUCUAUCAUUCAACUUUUAGACUCGCGCAGAUCAGUUGUUGAAGCGAUAUAUGUUAAACGAUUAACAUACAUCGCGAUCGUAUUCCUUCCGCUUUCUUUCGUCGCGACUCUCUUUAGCAUGAGCGAUAAUUUCUCGAUCGCUGGUACUGGAGUCUGGAUAUAUGUGGCAACUGCUGUGCCUCUUUUAUUGCUAGUCUUGGUGGUCUCCGGCUUGCCUACCCGAGCGGCUUUGAGAAAGGCGAAAUCACUUUAGCGGAUGAUUAUUCGCUGCAUGGUGCAAGCAGCAAGCAGCAAGCAGGCUGCGCCCGUUUCAGUAAAAUCCGGUUUGAGCACUGAGAUAAGCUGUGUUUACCUACCUGCAUACAGCCUACAUAUAUCUCAGGUAGUUGAGUACUUGCUACACAGGUAAAGUUGUACUGGGUAUAGUAAGGCUAAGCUAUUGAACAUGAGAUACGAAUAUAUAAAGCUAGAGGGUAUAGGGAAUAUGGGAAAGGCU